AAGCGGAGCAAAGUGUCCCGUUAGAAAAUCUUCCAAAGCUGGAAGGAGACAAGUUUCGAAGGACCUGUGCGACAUCUUCGGCACAAUUGGUGUCAAUUUCACUGUGCAGACGGAAGCAUGCUGACAGGAAAUGGAAGAGCGUUUCAAGAGCGAGUCGGAACGAAGAGAAUUUCGCGUCGGGCACGAUGAUAUACACCGCGUCGGGAAUCGCUGCACCUGUUAAACCUUGAGACUGCCGCGAUGCUCAAGGACCACGCGGAGACGGGCUUCGUCUCAACAGCAACGCUGAAACAGCGUGCGGAGAAUUUGAUUCCAGCCGCGGAACGUACUUCCUGGAACGUCUCCAACGUGUCGCGAAGACGUCAAGAAUCUCGGUUCAGCUACCACGUAUAGGCAAAAGCGCAUCCAACUCCGCGUUAUCCUCGCGAAAAUGUCUGGCUGGCAAACGUCAAACUUUACGGCCCAACUACUAUCGACAUCCAGCCCCGUACAAACCAUCCUCGAUACUCUUCGUUAGCCAAUUAAACUCCCGACUCCGCGUUCGUUUCCGCGUUCUCCGAUGGCCUGGCGGGAUCUCCGGUGCAACCUCGUCGACGAGGUGGUCGAAGAAGCGGAAGAGGGCGUCGCGAGGCCGCACGAAUCGCGGUAACGGGCCAAAAAGAAAAAAGAAAUAAAAACGAAAGAACAGAAAACGGAAAAGAGAGGAGAAUUAGCUUUCGAGAGCGAUGGAGGAAGCAAACGCGACGAUGGAAGAGGAGUUGACGAACGCGACCGAUCUGCCAAAUCUGUCCAACGUUCUGAUCGACACCGGCCAAUCGAACCGAUCGACCGGCGUCCCGUACGAGCACUACGAGCUGGAACACGUGCUUCUUUUGAUAGUGAAGGGAACGGUGAUGGGCUUCAUCAUUCUGUGCGCCCUGUUCGGCAAUCUAUUGGUGAUCGUGUCGGUGAUGAGGCACAGAAAGCUUCGAGUAAUUACCAAUUACUUUGUGGUCUCGUUGGCGUUGGCCGACAUGCUGGUGGCCAUUUUCGCGAUGACGUUCAACGCGUCGGUCGAGCUGUCCGGCAGAUGGCUGUUCGGCUACUUCAUGUGCGACGUGUGGAACUCGCUGGACGUGUUCUUCAGCACCGUUUCGAUCCUCCACCUCUGCUGCAUCAGCGUCGAUCGUUACUACGCGAUCGUACAGCCGCUCGACUACCCGUUGAUCAUGACCAACCUACGGCUCAGCACCAUGCUGAGCAUGGUCUGGUGCUCGCCGACGGUGAUGAGCUUCCUGCCGAUAUUCGCCGGCUGGUACACCACCGAGAAACACCUCGAGUUCAGGAGGAAUUAUCCGGACGUGUGCGUGUUCCAAGUGAACAAACUCUACGCGGUGAUCAGCUCCAGUGUCAGUUUCUGGGUGCCCGGCAUCAUCAUGAUCGCCAUGUACUACAAGAUUUAUCGGGAGGCUGAUCGCCAAGAGCGGAUGCUCUAUCGGAGCAAAGUGGCGGCCGCGCUUUUGAACAAGCAUCUGCAGAUCAACGGGAUUUCGGCGGGUCUGGCCACGCUGCCCACCGUGGAUCAAUCGUCGCCGGAUCCACAGCCCGAGGAUCCACCGAUCACCAACAGCAGCAAAAUGAGGAGGGAACGAAAGGCUGCGAGAACACUGGGGAUCAUCAUGUCGGCGUUUCUGGCCUGCUGGCUUCCCUUCUUUCUCUGGUACAUCAUCACGUCCCUGUGCGACAGCUGCAAGAGCAGCGACUCGGUGGUGGCGCUGGUGUUUUGGGUGGGUUACUUCAACAGCGCGCUGAACCCGCUCAUCUACGCGUACUUCAACAGGGACUUCCGGGCGGCGUUCAGAAAGACGCUGGAGAGCUGCUGCGUGGCGCUCGGCCCGGUCCGCGAUCUUCGCCAAGCGCACCGAAAGCAGGACCUCGUGCACAGCAACGCGUCCUCGGAGUUGCACGUGAACAAUCAGCUGAGAGCCAGCGAGAUGACCAACGUCCACAUCGAGGCGUGCAUUUGAGUUUCGAACAGUGGCCCCUCGUCCAACAUUGGCGCCUCCGUGUCCUUUUCAACUCAAGAGGACUGUUUCUAAGAGGAUAUUCUUUCACCGCGGACCUUCGAAAUGUCGAGCGUUCUGAUCGUCAAAACUUUCAAUCCGUGAUCGCCUGAGCCUCCUUCUGUUUUAAGUUUUUUAUUUCUCGAUCGGAAAUCAAUCGACAGCCAAUUAACAAUGAGAACGCGAGACUCGACUCGUGAGGAUUGUCUCGAUGGCUAAUUAACGAGUGGAACAGCGCGGAAGACCAUUCCUCGAUCGCCAAUUAAUGGCCGAAGCGCAACAGUUGAACGUGGUGAUUCUGACCCGUAAGCGUAAUUCAAAUUUCGUUCUUUGAUCCGUCGACCAAAGCGGCGAGGAGAGCGCGAGCUUGGAUCACUUUUUAGUGCGAAACCAAGGGACACAACUCGUUUCGGAAAUAUGUUUCUGUAAUAUGUGUGUACGAGCGAGUUGUCCUUCAAAAGCGUGAAAUGUUGCCGAGGGAUUUACACCUAGGAAUUGACUGCUAUCCUUUGCCUGGCUUUUCGGCUUUAGUUUAGGUCAGGCUUCACAGUGUCGCGGACAUGAACGAGAUUGGACGCGAAUUCGCACUUUGAUUGGGAAAAGAUUUCUUUUAUCCGGCAAAUAUGUAUUCCAAACGAUACGUACAUACUUUUGUACGCCACAUACUUUUGUAUUUAUAAAAAUCCGCUGACUAAUUACGAAUAUUUGAAACGCGUUACUACAUCGUUUCUCCUUCAAAAUACCAACAUUCGAAACAGCGACCGCAAGCUUCUACAGCAAGCUUCGUUAAAGAAAUUUGAAGAAAACUGAGGAGACGUGCUCGCGAUUCUUUUGACAUAUGUACAGGGUGGAAAGAAAAGUUCUAUCAUAGAUGAAUUUUACACC